UGACGUUCUACAUGAAUUGCUGGCUGGGAGUGGAAGUGGAACUAUUUAGCCUGAAUGUCGGGCAAUAAACUGAAGGAUACAUGAAUAACAUUGCAUAAGAAAGCAAUAAGAAGGUAUUUGAAUGAAUGACUAAUCGAAACGAUAUAGCAGUCUAACCUAUUGAUGCCAAUUACCUAACCAGAGAAGGCGAUAGUGAAUAAGAGGAAUACAGCGAUAUAACGGACUGAAGCCAAAAGUGCGAUUGAAGCCAUUUUCUCCUCGUUGACCCCCAAGCAGAAGAGGAGCGUGGUAACGUGACAUCAUGAACGUGGGCACGGCACACAGCGAGGUGAACCCCAACACGCGGGUAAUGAACAGCCGGGGCAUCUGGCUCUCCUACCUGCUGGGCAUCGGCCUGCUGCAUGUCAUCCUGCUCAGCAUCCCCUUUGCCAGCGUGCCCGUGGUCUGGACCCUCACCAACCUCAUACACAACCUGUGCAUGUACCUGUUGUUACACUUGGUGAAAGGAACCCCGUUUGAGACUCCGGACCAGAGCAAGGCUCGCUUCUACACAUACUGGGAGCAGAUGGACUAUGGUGUCCAGUUCACUGCCUCACGCAAGUUCCUCACCAUCACCCCCAUCGUCCUCUACAUCCUCACCAGCUUCUACACCAAGUAUGACCGGGCCCACUUUGUGUUCAAUACGGUCUCCCUGAUGACAGUGCUCAUUCCCAAACUCCCCCAGCUUCACGGAGUCCGGAUCUUUGGAAUUAACAAGUACUGAUGGGGCGGAAGAGGACACCGCCAUUCCUCCAUCUCCCUGUGGACUGUGAACACAGAGUAUCAGGCCCCUCCGCAUUGGCCCCCGGCCCAUAAGGAUCCAUGGCCGCUCUCUGGCUCCCAGUGCUAUUGAGCACUCAGCUAAAUGAAACCUAUGGGCGAUACUCAACACAGAAUUGACUUAAAGAGCUCGGCUGGGUCCAAGCUCCUAUGUGGUCCUAUUGAAGCUGUGUUGUGGUGUUUAUUUGUGGUUCCCUUUAUGUCAGUUUUAUUUAAUUCACAGAGAACACUGCAAGUUAAGCCUUGGAGGACAUACAGUAGUAUGAGAUGUAUCGAGAUUGAGUUACAAUGUGGAGAGGAGAAACCUCUGAGCAGUUUGCUCCUGAGAAAAGUGAGACUCAGACAUUUUGUAACCAGGGAGACACUUUAGCAUCUUGUCCUCACAAGGCUCAUCCUCUCUGUCUCUCGAAAGGACAGACUGCUAGAGAAAGGGUUAGCUAGGGAGUUGCUCUGACUGUCGCAGUGGUCAGACGGGAGGGACCGCAGGGUUUAUAUUUAGCCCCCCUGACCACUAACAGUCUAAGUUAGGAAAGUUUAAGGAACACUUAUUUUAUCUGAUCAUUCCAUAUUUGGAUUGCCUUGUUCGGAUUUGAACAAGAGUAGGACAUAAAAGACUGUAGAAACAUCAGGAAGUCAGCUCCAAGUGAUUUCAAUUUAAGAAAUCUGUUCCCAAGUAU